AUGCCGCCGCGGCGCCGCCCACCUCCUGCCGACCAGCGGCUCUUGCCGGCCAGCAGGAUCUUUGGCAAAACCCUACCGCGACACCGCCCAACACAACUCGCAAGGGAGCCAGCGGUCACGGACAGUCACAGAAAUUGUUUGCUGCCGCCACCUCCUAGGCUCCUAGCUGUUGCUGGUCCCGGAGUAACGAAGCUCCCCUGCCGCCUGCUGGCUGUCGCCCUGCCGGUCACACGCGUGAGUCGUGACACGCCGUCGCAGCCUCGCAACUUUAGCCUUCAACCUCCAGAGUGUCCAGAAGUUGUGGCAGUUGUUGGAAUGAAUGCACCUGGAAAUAAUCAAAUGAUUGCCCCAAAAAUUCAAAAGCAAUUGGUGAAUGCUUGUGCAGUUGAGACCACAAAUGCUAUUCUAGCUGAUCUUAGAGAUAGGUGGCUCACUUUACUACUUGAUGAGGCUCGUGAUUGUUCAGUGAAAGAGCAAAUGGUAGUUGUUAUUAGAUAUGUGAACAAACAUGGAGAGGUGAUUGAACGAUUUAUAGCUGUAGUUCAUGUUGCAACAACUAUAACUGCUUGUUUGAAGAAGGCAAUCGACUCUUUAUUUGCUAAGUAUGGUUUGUCAAUGGCAAGAUUGAGGGGUCAAGGAUAUGAUGGUGCUUCAAAUAUGUCUGGAGAAUUUAAUGGCUUAAAGUCACUGAUAAUGAAAGAAAAUCCGUGUGCAUUGUAUGUUCAUUGUUUUGCUCAUCAACUCCAACUAGCGGUUGUAGCUAUUGCUCAAGCAAAUCAAUAUGUUUGUGAUUUCAUGUGGAUUGUUGGUUCGGUUGUGAACACAUCUACAUCAUCUUGCAAAAGGGCCGACAAACUUCAACAACUUGAACAUGACAGAAAAGUUAAACUUCUUGAAAGAGGAGAGAUUAGUUCUGGUAGAGGAUUAAACCAAGAAACUAGUCUAGCUAGACCUGGAGAUACACGAUGGGGGUCUCAUCAUUCAACUUUAUGUCGUAUUGAACAAAUGUGGCCAUCUAUUAUAGAGGUUCUUCAAAAUUUGAUUGAUGAUGGUGAUCGUUCUUCUUAG